AUCAAGCAGCGAUGGCGUGUUCAAGCACAAAGUAUGCAAAUAUGACCAUCAAAGACCUUAAAGAUGAAUUAAAAAAAAGAAAUGCGCGACUUUCUGGUCGUAAAAAAGAAUUAUUUGAAAGACUAAUUGCCUAUGAUAGAAACCAGAAUUUUGGACAGACAGAAGAUUUAGAGCCCGAAUAUAGGAUGACGUUACCUGACCCAUUAUCGUACUUUGAUGUAAAUGCCGACUCUACGUUUUCUGGUACUACACUUGAGAAACUGACAAGUUACCUGGCCAAAUUUGAUAAUCAAUUAGACAAUAAAGUAAAGCGGUUAUAUAAUGAACGAACAAUUCGGUAUUUCAAAAUAUCCUAUGAUAAUGAUUUAACUUAUGUUGCCUCUAGUUGCUAUGCUGAAUACAGGACAGGAAUUUCAUACGAGAUGAUUUGUUACUUGACAGAAGUGUGUCUAUAA